AUGAAGAACCUUUCAUUGUUCUCACUGGCAGCCCUGGCGGCUAUCCCCAAUGUGUCCGCUCAUUAUUUCUUCCCCCAUUUUAUCGCCAAUGGCAACUACACCGGUUUUUACGAGUAUGUCCGCGAAGACACGCAGAACUUUAUGCCCAUGAAGGGUCAGUACUCAAACAACGACUUCCGCUGCAAUACUGGUUCCCAAGACUUCGCCAGCAAGACGGGUGUCUAUAAAGUCAAAGCGGGUGAUGAAAUCGGUUUCGGGACGGACUUCAACGCCCUCAUCCAACACCCAGGUCCUCUCCAGGUCUACAUGUCCAAGGCCACCGGCGAUGUGCGCGACUACGAUGGAUCGGGUGACUGGUUCAAGAUCUACGAGCUUGGUCCUGAAAAAUUCUCCAGCGAUGGAAUCACCUGGGGUGCAACCGAUACAGCAAAUUUCACUUUCACACUGCCUAAAGAGGUUCCUGCGGGUCAAUAUCUGGUUCGAAUUGAGCACAUCGGUCUCCACGGGGCGGGUGAGUGGGGUAAUGCGGAGUUUUUCUUCAAUUGUGCACAGAUUGAGGUGGAGAGUGACAGCACGGCUACUCCAGGUCCGGUGGUUCAAAUCCCAGGCGUCUACGAUGGUAAUGAGCCUGGCAUUCUUUUCUAUAUGUAUCGUCCUUGGAUCGUGAACUACACGAUGCCUGGACCAAAGCCGUUCCCUGAUCAGGCAUUCGCCAAUGUCAAGGCUUCGGGUGUUAGUGUUGCUCCCACUGUUACGCCUUGGACCUUGCCUGCUGUGACACGCUACCCUUCAUCUGUCUCUGAUUUGUACGCCACCCCGCCCACCUCGGCCACACCAAUCAAAACGAGUUCUUUCGGAACUCCUUCUGUCUCUUUAUCGAGUACCCCAUUGCCGGUUACAAGUGAGCAAUCUACUAGCAGCUCCGCCAAAAUUGAUGUCGUCGCCAAUCCGAGUGCAGAGGUUGGAAGCACGCUGUCCGCAGAUGCUACCAGCUCAAUCACCAGUGAAGCAUUAUCGGUCACUUCCAGCGACAUUUGUGGACCUCCUGUUACGGUGACUAUGCACACAACUGUAACCGUCCCUUCUGCGCAGCUUAGCUGUGCUUCCUUCACCGUGACUACGACCACUACCACUACCAUGACUAUUUUGCCAGCGGAUACCCUAACGCCUUGA